AUGGUUGGAAGAAUGGAAACAGCAGCCUCUAAUAAUAUUAAUACUGCAAUCUUUAUAGCGCAUAAAUUUGAUACAAAUAAGAGUCUUAAAUUAAAUUCAACUCAAUUGGCCAUUAAUGAAAGGUACAGAAGAUUAAUACCCUAUAUGACAUUUUACUAUGCUAAUGAUUUAUUGCCACCCACAACCGAAUCUUACACUAAUAAUGUAGAAGUUGAAAAGGCAGAAAUUAUUGAAGCUGGAACUUCGCGGCCUAUGGAGCGAGAACCAAAAAUAAUUUAUUCACAAAGGCAAAAAGAUAUUCCCAGAUACCAAGGAAAUCGGUUAACCCCAUUUAAUAUAGCCUCAUCAAGUCCGAAUAAAUUGUUCUAUAAAGACGUUUUUCCUGUUGUGUACCAACAUAUACCAAAAGCAAAUCACAACUAUAGUCCUACCACCGACAAUAGGGAUCAUUUAUAUGACAGCUACUUUCCGAAACCUGUUAAAGCACCGAGUGUUCCAUUUACGAAGCCACAAACCAGAAAGCCGUACUAUAACUAUAACCAUGAAAAUAUUCCCAACAUUCAGUAUAUUCAAUCCAAUCAAGGAGAAUCUCCAAAAUAUAAGCUUGUUCCUUAUGACCAGACUCCGCCAGUAAACGUUGAAAAAAAUGUCCAUUACAAUAAACAAUACAAUGUUCCUGUUCUUUUACCCGAAGAACCUGUUUAUAUCAAACCAAGACCGCAUAUUUAUCAGCCCGCCCAAAAUUACUAUGAAAAUACCCACCAACCAAAGCCAAGAAAACCUCCGACGACAAUUUCAGAAGUCUACUACGAACGAAGACCAUAUGAACCUGUAUUAUCAGAACCAGUGAUAGAAGGUGGUUUUAAACCUAUUAUAAAAUCUCAAAUAGCACCUACUGAAGACCCUGUGUAUACAUCGACUGUGCAACAUAUACCAUAUGACGAUUACUAUCAGGAAAAGCAACAACAAGGCCAGUUGAUUCAACCACCUCAAAUAGAGUCUGAAGUAACAAAAUAUAGACCUCAAUAUGUUAUAGAACAACCGCCUACCCAAAACGAGCAAUACAGUUCUUCAAAAUCGGUGGCUUUAGCGGAUUUACUUAAUUCAUUACAGAUAAAUAAAUCAAUACCGAAACCAAUAACUAGAGAAAACGUCGGAGCUUCAAUUAAGACAUUAUUACAAGUUUUAAAUGCUUUAAGAGCAAUACCCCAGGAGAAUGACGUGGAAACAACCGUAUUAAGUACACCUAAGCCAUUUGAAGCGAUUGAAACACCUGUCCCAACGACUCCGCAUACCGUUGUUGCUACAACCGCAAGACCACAAAAUUCUGAUAUCCAUGAACCUUUGCUUGCUCCCAUUCACACGCCCUCACAACAUAUCGAUGAGUAUCCAACUGGUGGCAGUAGCUCUCAGCGUUUUCCUCUUCCAGUUACAUCUGAGGAGGAGGGUGGAACUCCUGGUAAACCAGAUGUCGACUAUCCCAUUUUAACUGUUAUACCUGAAACCAGUUUUAACUGUAAAACGCAACGUUAUAAAGGAUUUUUUGCUGAUCCCGAAACGAGAUGUCAGGUGUGGCAUUAUUGUGAUUUAAAUGGCGGUCAAGCUUCAUUCCUGUGUCCUAACGGGACGAUAUUUUCUCAAGCGGCACUAACAUGUGAUUGGUGGUUCAAUGUACGCUGCUCAUCAACCGCUCAACUGUAUGUUCUAAAUGAAAGUUUAUACAAAUAUAUUUUGCCACAUUCACCUAAGUUCCCAGAGGACUACAGCGGACCUUUAGUAGACAAGUACCUGUCGUUAAAGUUUAAAGAAAUGGAAGAACAGUUCAGGAAGAAUAAAAAUAAAAAAGCUGAAAAAAUGCAAGAUGACGAUUCAAAUGAAUCAAAAGAAACUGAUGAUUCUGUGACGGAAAGUAAAAGACAAGAUAACAGUCAGAAUGAUUCCGUAAACCAACUGAAUGUAAUUGUCGAAUCGCCUGGCAGUAGUGGAAAUGUUCAGAGAUUACAAGAUGAAUAA